GGGAACACAGUCACUACAGAUGGAGUCACUGUGCGAGUCAAAUGCAGAAAGACUUCAAACUGGGCACCAGAGCAGACUCCCGGCGGGUGGAUCCGCGUCUUCUACUCCUCCAAGCAUCCAACUCUUUCUGAGCGCCAUCCGCUGUGGGGAAAUCUGUGAAAUUUCAAGGCUUAGACGAGCUGUAGAGCGCAGCGGUGAGUGUGGAUUUUACAACUUUUACGCAGCAGAAAGCGCAGACUGAACAUUCGCAUCCACGCUGAAAGGACGCGUAACUUUUUACCUAUUUUAAGUUGGUGCGUUUUCAGUUUCUCCCUUCGUUCGCUCUGUGUGCAAGAUGUGGCACUUCUCAGAGGACUGAUUGGAUGCGGUGGGGCAGAUCGCGUUCCUCCGUUAUUUGUAACCCAGCAACUGUCCCAGUGAAUGACCAGUUGAACAAAUCCUGUUAAUGACACCGUUACUGAAUGCGAGCAGCUCCGUGUAGAACAGAAUCCAAUAUUCCUCCACGGAGUCACCGCUCAGCGCCUUUGCGCAUUUAUCGAGAGGUUAAACCACACAUGUUGGGAGUUUGGAAUAGUAUAUUUUUGUUGGAAUCGUCUCAUGUGUACUCCAGGUAUGGAUUUUGAUUGUGGAUGUGUUACUUUGACACGCAGGAGUCCUCUUUGCGCAAGCGCACCCGUGCGUCACCACCCUCUACCUGAGUGGAGCACACCUGGAUCCAACGAGACGGAAGUUUAGCGAGCUCCGAAUCUUUUUCUUUUUUUCUUUUUUUGUUUUCUGCCUCCACGCAAAGUUACUUUGGAGUCCAAGCAGCGAACAGAUGAGCUCCAGUUAAAGCAGGAUGCCAUUCUUUGGAUAUUUCGACAGCAGUUUGAGGGACUUCGUCGACCUGAACCUGUAGUUCAGCGGCUCAUGCUGAAUUUCAGUCCAAAGCCAGCCUGCUCUCCAUUCAAGAAGGAUGACAACUAUUCGCAGAGUGCUCCGAAGGCGAUUGCACCCGCUUAAACUGGCCAUAGUGGCCCUAGUCUUUGUCACAUUUGUGUUCUUCAUACAAUGGGAAGCAGGGGGCCAAGGCCAAGAGGAGGACCCCUGGCUGAAGGAGAUGGCAGUGAAGCGGGAUGCCAUGCUGGGCAUGGUGAUGGGAGCUGUCAAUAACUUCAAGGAUGCAAUGCCAAAGAUGCAGAUCAUAGCCCCUGUACGGCAGCAGGACAAAGCAGACACCGUGUCCUGUCUGCCGGGACGCUACACCGCUGCUGAGCUCAGGCCGGCUCUGGAACGGCCUCCCCAGGACCCUCUGGCUCCUGGAGCUGCUGGGAAACCUUUCCACACAGACUCACUGAGCCCCAGAGAGCAGAAGGAGAAAAAGAGGGGAGAACAGAAACACUGCUUUAACCUGUAUGCAAGCGACCGCAUCUCUCUGAGCAGAGAUCUGGGUGCAGACACAAGACCGCCAGAAUGUAUUGAGCAAACCUUCAAGCGAUGCCCCCCCUUGCCGACCACCAGUGUGAUAAUUGUGUUCCACAAUGAGGCCUGGAGCACUCUGCUGAGGACAGUAUACAGCGUUCUCCACACCUCCCCUGCCAUUCUCCUCAAGCAGAUCAUCCUGGUGGACGAUGCCAGCACGGACGAUGCGUUGAAGGAUGCAUUGGAUGCGUAUUUGAAGCAGCUGAGCAUUGUGCAAGUCGUCCGCCAGCGUGAGAGGAAAGGCCUCAUUACUGCUCGGCUGCUGGGUGCCUCCGUGGCCACCGGUGACACUCUCACCUUUCUGGAUGCUCACUGUGAAUGCUUUAACGGAUGGCUGGAGCCUCUGCUGGCAAGGAUAGCUGAGAACUACACUGCAGUAGUGAGCCCUGAUAUAACCACGAUUGAUCUCAAUACUUUUGAGUUUAUGAAACCGAACCCAUAUGGCCAGAACCACAAUCGGGGCAACUUUGACUGGGGUCUGUCUUUUGGCUGGGAGAACCUACCACAUCAUGAAAAGAAAAGGAGGAAGGAUGAAACCUAUCCUAUCAAGACUCCCACAUUUGCUGGUGGGCUCUUCUCCAUCUCAAAAGAAUAUUUUUACCAUAUUGGAAGCUAUGAUGAACAAAUGGAAAUCUGGGGUGGUGAGAAUAUUGAAAUGUCAUUUAGGGUGUGGCAGUGUGGCGGACAGCUGGAGAUCAUCCCUUGCUCUGUCGUUGGUCAUGUUUUCCGCAACAAAAGCCCCCACACCUUUCCCAAGGGUACGCAAGUGAUCGCUCGCAACGAGGUGCGGCUGGCCGAGGUCUGGAUGGACGACUACAAGGAGAUCUUCUACCGGCGCAACCAGGAAGCUGCACAGAUUGCAAAAGACAGGACUUAUGGAGACAUCUCCAAACGCUUGGAACUCCGCUCACAGCUGCAGUGCAAGAGCUUCUCUUGGUUUUUGAAGAACGUGUAUCCAGAAGUCUUCAUGCCUGAUCUCAACCCACUCCGCUUUGGCGCAGUGAAAAAUGUGGGCAAGGACUCAUGUCUCGAUGCAGGAGAGAACAAUGAGGGUGGGAAACAGCUGAUCAUGUACCCAUGUCAUGGUCAAGGAGGAAACCAGGAAGUUCAUUUCACUGUCUUUGAUUGAGAGGCUGGAGGAAAAGACAGACUGGACAAACUCGUCGUGCACUGCUACCUGUCAGGAUGAAAUUAUGUACAGUAUAUAUAUCUGUAUGUAUUAUGCACAAUGUUAGGUGAUUACAUUUAAUUGCUGCUACAUCCAUAGAGCAUAAAAACGGUGAGGAAAAAAAAAUCAAUCCACUGGCUUAAAAUUUAUUACACAGCUUAUGGGGAAAAAAAAGAACCAAGCUCAUUCUAAAAAUAUUGCAAUAAAUUCUCAAAUGCAUAAUUAUUGUGUAGGAUAUGGAAAUGUGUCUUGGUAGUUGUGCCAACACAUAGUGAUGUGUAUUUCCCAGCUGUGACAAAAUUAUUCUAAUGAAAUUAUACAUAUAUGUGGGGCUAGAUGAGGAACAGGUGAAGCUGCUGUUGAAAGCAUCACGACUGACACCUUGUACGUCUGUAAUGAGCUUCUGUUAGGUCAGAUGCUUCCCACAGAGGGAAAAAAAGGUGAAAGUAGCUAAAGUCACUGCAGAGAGGAAUAAAAAUCUAAACUGUGAAAGGUCUUAGAAUUGUAUAACCUCAAAUCAUUGCACCAUAAAUGUGUAAUAAUGGCAAAAAUGGACCAAUGGAUACGGACCUUUCAGUGGCAGCUAUCAUAGCACUAGCUCUGCAGCGGCAAAGUACAGCAGUGUUAUGCACAGUUCCUGAAAAAUAAAUCCUUGUAUCUGCCUGCAGGUCCAGUUAAAUGUUUGUGCUUAGCACUUUACACUUCAGCACAGAGGUUGUUGUAACAGAAGUGCUACAGACCACUUUAGUGUCAAGUGAGAGGGUCCAUUAACUCCCCCUGAAUGAUGAUGCAAUUAGACAAAUAAACAAGAACAAGCUCAUCAGUCAAAUAUACUAAAACUAAUUACCAUUAAACUGGAACUGGCUUGAAUACUACUGCAACAGUAUAUUAUGCCAAUUGCUGCUUUUUCCCCUUUGAAUAAUAUCCUGCCAUCAUUGUAAUGGGUUGUAAUAGUGCAGGACUUGUAAUGUUGAUCAGUACUCAUAAUAUCAGACAUUGCUGAAAAUAUAGUGCUUUAAUGUAUUAAAUUGCACAGCCUCGUGUUCUGGGUUUCAACAGCAGUAGGUGGAACAUAAAGUCACAUUUCAAAAUAACACAACAGUGCUGCAGUAGCACAGCAAGGAUUGCUAUGACUGGCAGCUUUUCCCUCACUGCUUUCUCUCUCAGAACCUGGAUUCAGUAAAGACAGCGUGUAUCUUUACCCAGUCCCACUCUGUCUAUCUGCCAGAGCAGCUUGUGGGGGAGUUCCAUUCACAGACAGCCACAGUGUUUCAUCUGGGCUCCGCUAUCAAGUCAUUACAGAUGCAAAUGCUGCCUGAGAGACAUGCUGCCUGAGAAAGAGGUGCAACCCAGAGAGGACUAGCGCUGCCAGCAAGCAGGUCAUUGUUCCCAGGAGGCUGUGCUUGUUCAGCGCAGUGACAUGGCACUGCCAGCAUUUGGAGAAGCUCCAGAGUCAACAACUCUACCUACAACUAAGGAAUGUGAGGCAUCCUCCAUCUGGGAGAAAGUGAAGGAGAGAGGAGUCAGUCAGGGUAACCUCACUGAUCUGGAAGAGAAAUAAGAGGCAGCAUCCUGAACUACAGGGAAAUGUCUUUUAGAUUCUGUAAACCCGGUGCAUGAACUGGCAGACAAGAAGCUGAAGAUCGAUGUACUUUCUCCUCUGAAUGAGCAUGACAAAGAUUAACUAAAGAACAAAUGCAUUACAUAAUCUUGCCUUGUGAGAGUUAAUAUUUUGAUCAACACAAGCUGCUGAUCUCACAUCAAAACAAGAAAAAGAAACAGAUUUAUUUAAUAAUCCAUUUCAUUUGUUGGCAAACAGGAGAGGAAAUUUCCAGCAGAAAUGACCUGUGCAAUUUUAGGCCAUUUCCUAGCGAGGGUCCUAAUUAGAUACCAUUGUUGGAAACCUAUUUGUAUGCUUAGCCCUUAGCUGAUGCUGCACUAGGCUUCAAUACCAAAAGUGGUUUCCAUGGAGAUUCUAAUGUACUCUCACAACUAGUGCUUUCCCAUAUGGCCGUGCUUCCAGUGUUACAUAUGAGGACUCUUCACAAUAAAACACUGAUGCUACAGCAAAUUAGGUUAACGUCUAAUUAGAUUCUGCUUAUGUAUUGGCACACAGUUCCGCCCUUGUAUUAAUACAUUAUUAGUUCAUCUGCAUUCUGUUAUGACAGCAUGACAAGUUUAAAUCUUGACACUGGAUGGGCAUGACAUCAUAAACCAGAGUGGUGUGGGUAAUCUAGGGUGAACCUCUUUCAUCUUGGCUAAAUAAAAAACAGAGAUUGUUGCUCUUCUCCAACAGCUCUUUCUUUGUCUUCACUGUUGCCUUACCACUAAUCAUGGCUGGGCAGCAUACUCUAUGGUACAAGGGAAGAAAAUCCCAGAGAAAAUAAUGCAACAAAAGCCAGCUUGGAAAGCCCCUCCCAGUGUUUGCCUCUAUGUGCACACACAUCAAAUGUGGAAACCAACUCUUAUCCUUAAUCAACUGUGCUCACACCACUGUAGCACAAAUGCAUUACGAAUGCAGUUAUUUCCUCCACCUCAUCACCAUUCACAAGGUUUCCACGAUCACAGUAAGCCGAUGUGACAACGCGAGGCUCAAAACACUCAUCCCAAGUGAUGCCAACAAGCCGAUGGCAUCUGGAGCAAGUCAUGACACAUCAGUCCUACAGUGACCACAUUACACUUCUGUGUGCGUCCUGGUCCUCACAGGAACAACUGACCUGUA